UUCUCACCUUUUUUUUAAUCAGCUAAGAUAGUCCUUUCCAAUGGCGAAACAGUAAUGCGACCGUUAACUCUUCCGAUUCUUUCAGCUGCUUCAAUAACUCACUGACUCAAUUUAACUCGUUAUGGCUUCACUUCUCAAGCCCAACUUUCACCCUACCUUUAUACCCAUCACUUUCUCUUCCUCCUCCGUCAUCUUAUCUUCUCCGUGGCACCAAACGGUGUUGCUCCGGGUUCGGUUUUGCGCGCUGACCGCCGGUCCCGAAGGCGGGAGAAUUGGAAGCCAGGAAUCUCACAGUGCUGAUUUGAUGAGGAAGCCGACUAUAGUGCCGGCGAAGGAUAGUGGUGGAAUUUCGGAAGAAGAGGAGGGUAGUGAGGGACAAAGAAAUAGAGGUGAAUGGACUGAUUGGGAAGAUAGGAUUUUAGAGGACACCGUUCCUCUCGUUGGAUUCGUUAGAAUGAUUCUUCAUUCUGGAAAAUAUGGAAGUGGAGAUAGAUUAAGUACAGAGCACCAGAGAACUAUUCUUGAGAUGUUGCUUCCUUACCACCCGGAGGCCGAGAAGAAAAUCGGAUGUGGAAUUGAUUACAUUACUGUUGGUUACCAUCCUGAGUUUGUAGGCUCAAGAUGUUUGUUCAUAGUUCGAAAAGAUGGAGAACUAGUUGAUUUUUCAUACUGGAAAUGCAUCAAGGGUCUGAUCAGAAAAAACUAUCCUCUAUAUGCAGAUAGCUUCAUUCACAGACAUUUUCGACUAAAUAGACGGAGUUCAUGAGGGUAAUGCUCUGAACUUGUCUACCCAUUUUAUACCACUAUGUUUUAAGGAUCUUUUGAAUUUUGUUCUUAUUUUUUUGUAAUAUUUCAUAUUUAUGAUAUCAGAUAACAUUUUA